UUAUCGCUCUAAAGUUCACUUCAUAAUUGUCUUCAUUUAACAUCAGUGUAAAUUUAUAUCCAGAAGUCAGGAACUAUUGUUCAAACAUUUUAAAAAAAAAAAAAUGAAGACAAUAGUCUUUUUUUUAAUAAAUUUGUGGAUUCUGCCGGUAUUUUCUGAUGAUUAUACUUGUGUUUGGUAUGGAGAUUGUACUCCACAAGGAGAAUACAAAGUAAAAAAUUGUCCCUAUCGAGGGCCAGCACGUUUGAUUAAUAACAUCACUGCAGAAAAGAUUCUUAAGGAACGAUGUCCCCAUUUUUUUGACAACACAGAUCAUCCCGCAACAUGUUGUGAUGUUGAACAAAUCAUUUCAAUGCAUGAUAGUAUGAACAUGGCUGGAAUGUUAUUCAGUCGUUGCCAAACUUGUCUCAGGAAUCUGUUAAAUUCUAUUUGUGAUCUAACUUGUAGUCAUGACCAAAGUCGAUUUAUGGUUGACAAAGUAAUCAAAUCUGAUCCAGCUACAGGAGAGAAAUAUAUUGAUGAAAUAGAUAUAUAUAUAACAGAAAGGUAUCUAAAUGCCACUUAUGAUUCCUGCAAAGGAAUUGUGAUGCCCAACAGUGGACAAUAUGUAAUGGAUUUGGGUUGUGGACCACAUGGAGCUGCAUUGUGUACUCCAAAACUAUGGUUUGAAUUCAUGGGUGAUCAUGAAACUCUAUUUGUGCCUUUCCAAAUUAAUUACAUAACCCAAAAAAAUAAUGACUAUGAGCAACUAGAUCCAACAACACGACCAUGUAGUGAAGCAUACAAUAAUUCAACAUCUUGUAGCUGUGUCGACUGUGAGGAGGCUUGUCCUUAUAUUGAGUGGAAACUUAAAGAGUGGGAAUUCAAAAUUUUUAAUUACAAUGGAUAUGGAGUGAUUGCAGCAAUUUUAAUUCUAGUUUUAAGCUUUUUUUUUAUUCUAAAUUAUUUGUGUCUCUCUCAAUUUUGGAGUAAUAUUUGUAUUCAUAUGAGCUGGCAUUCUUCAAACUGCCAAGGUUUUUCAAAGAAAAUAUUUUUUUAUUGGGGAUACUUUUUUGCAAGAUAUCCUGUACUUUUACUAUGCCUUAUAUCAUAUGUUGUCGUUGGUUUGAUACAUGGAGCAUUAUAUCUUAACGUAACUGUUAAUCCUAUUGAAAUAUGGGCAGCUCCUGCAAGUAGAUCAAGAGUGGAAAAAGAUUACUUUGAUAGUCAUUUUACUCCUUUCUAUAGAACAGAACAAAUUUAUCUGAAGCCAGUUGGUUUAGACAAAAUAAUAUACAAUGUACGAGAUGGUUCAGAUAAAUUGGAUCUAGAAUUCAGUGCAGUUUAUCAAGAAGAUUUCCUACUGGCUGCCUAUCAGCUACAGAAACAAAUUACGCAUAUCACCCUAGAUACUGGUGAAGGCUUUGAAAAAAUAUGUUAUGCUCCAGUGAAAAAUGAUUUUUCUACUGAAAAUCCCUUGGAUCUUUGUACAGUCCAAAGUAUUCUAGGAUAUUUAGAAGCUGAUAAUAUGAUAACCGAAUCCUCUUUAGAAUCGGAUUACCUUGACACUUUACUCAGAUGUUUGGGAAACCCAUUCCAGAUUAAUUGUCUUGCACGAUACAAAGGACCAAUCCUUCCUGAAAUAGCAGUGGGUGGAUUUCCUCCAAAUCCUCAUGGGAAUUACACCAAAGAAGAUUACAUAAAAGCAACUGGUUUAAUUUUGACCUUUGUGGUUAAAAACUCUUUAAAUAAAACUGAGUUAAAGUCAGCAUUAGAAUGGGAGACAAAAUUCUUAGAGUUUAUGAAAAAUUGGACGACAACUGAUAAACCUGCAUUCAUGGAUGUUGCUUACAGUGCUGAGAGAUCCAUUGAAGAUGAGUUAGAUAGAACUUCUAAAGCAGAAGGACGAACAGUGAUUAUAAGUUACAUUUUCAUGUUUUGCUACAUCACACUAGCUCUUGGAAAAUUCAAAACCUCUCUCCAAUGUUUUAUCAGUAGCAGAAUUCUAUUAAGUAUUGGAGGUAUUAUCAUUGUUCUGGCCUCAGUUGGAUGUUCUCUUGGAAUAUUUGGAUAUAUUGGAAUACCCACAACUCUAUUGACUAUUGAAGUAAUCCCGUUCUUAAUAUUGGCUGUUGGAGUAGAUAAUAUAUUUAUUCUAGUCGAGACUCACCAGAAAAAUUCACCUAAUCGUGAUGAAACAAUACCAAAUUACAUGGCAAGAAUUUUAGCGGAAGUAGGUCCAUCAAUGUUACUGACUAGUGCAUCAGAAUGUUUUUGCUUCUUAAUUGGAACUCUAUCUUCAAUGCCUGCUGUUAAGACAUUUGCACUUUAUGCCUCAGUGUCUAUUUUAAUCAAUUUUUUGCUUCAAAUUACUGCAUUUGUUAGCUUAUUAGCUUUGGAUAUGAGACGAUAUUACGAUAAUCGAGUUGAUAUUUUUUGCUGCAUUAGACUGAAACUUACGGACAAAAUUGAGAAUGAAGGAAUAGUUCAUUACUUCUUUAAAUAUUUCUACACUCCUUUGAUAAUGAAUAAAACAAUUAGCACAAUAAUUUUAUUUUUGUUCACUGGAGUUUUAGUACUUCAAUGCAUUGUAGCACCUCAAGUUGAAAUUGGUUUAGAUCAAAAGCUCUCUAUGCCAGAUGAUUCUUAUGUUUAUAAAUAUUUUCAGUUUAUGGAUGAUCUGCUAUCAAUGGGUCCACCUGUAUAUUUUGUUGUAACAAAAGGAUUAAAUUACAGUGAGCCACCUGAUCAAAAUAUAGUUUGUGGUGGAUCGAAUUGCAGUUCUAAUUCUCUUUAUUCACAAAUUCAUAGUGCCCAUAAACAACCACUAGUAUCAUACUUAGCAAAACCACCUUCAUCAUGGAUUGAUGAUUAUUUUUCCUGGACUUCAAUGGAAAAUUGUUGUAAAUAUUUUCCCAAUAAUGGAUCUUUUUGUCCUCAUAAUAAUGAUAAGUGUCAAAAGUGUGAUAUCAUAACAGAUAAAUCAAAAUUGAGACCAAAUGCGAGUAGUUUUCGUAAAUAUACAGAGUUUUUCUUAUCAGAUACUCCUGAUGAACUUUGUGCACAAGGUGGCCGAGCUAUGUAUUCAGACGCUGUAAAAUACACAAAAGAUAAAUAUGGAAUGAUUGAUAUACAUGAUACCUAUUUUAUGAGCUUCCAUACACCUUUGAAAAAGCAAUCUGAUUGGUAUGAAGCUUUAUCUGCUGCACGUUUCAUUGCUGAUAAUAUUACAACAACAAUAAAUAAUGAGUUGUUGAGUAAUAAAACAAUAAAAGUAUUUCCCUACAGUGUAUUUUACGUGUUUUAUGAGCAAUACCUGAAUAUUUGGAUAGCAACUAUAGAAUCUCUAGGAUUGUCAUUGCUUGUCGUUUUUGGAGUCACUUAUUUACUUACAGGAUUUUCUAUUUUCUCAGCAAUCAUCAUUUUGCUUACAGUAACGAUGAUACUGAUCAAUAUGGUGGGACUUAUGUACUGGUGGAAUAUUUCACUUAAUGCAAUUUCUCUUGUAAAUUUAGUGAUGACAAUUGGAAUAUCUGUUGAGUUUUGCAGUCAUAUUGUUCAUUUUUACUUGACUUCAAAACAUCAAACAAGACUUGAUAAGGCAUCAGAGGCCUUAUCAGUCAUAGGAAGUUCAGUAUUCUCUGGAAUUACGUUAACUAAAUUGGUAGGAAUAAUUAUUUUGGCAUUUGCAAGGAGUAAAAUAUUCAGCGUUUUCUACUUCAGAAUGUACUUAGGAGUAUUAAUUAUUGGAGCAACGCAUGGAUUAAUAUUUUUACCAGUCUUGUUACGAUUUGUUGGACCACAAAAUAAAAAAGCUGUAUUGACAACUAGCUAAUAAGAUGUUUUAAAAAAUCAAAUGUUUAUAUUUGAAUAGAUGGAAAAGGAGAAGUAUUUUUCAAUAAAUGUUUUUGUAAAAAAAAAUAAAAAUACUCUUU